AGGAUGGUGCUGCUUCACUGGUGUUUGCUGUGGCUGCUCUUACCACUCAGCUCAAGGACCCAGAAGUUACCUACUCGAGAUGAGGAACUUUUUCAAAUGCAGAUCCGGGACAAAGCAUUUUUUCAUGAUUCUUCAGUAAUUCCAGAUGGAGCUGAAAUGAGCAGUUAUCUCUUUAGAGACACACCUAAAAGGUAUUUCUUUGUGGUUGAAGAAGACAAUACUCCAUUAUCAGUCACGGUGACUCCCUGUGAUGCACCUUUAGAAUGGAAACUGAGCCUCCAGGAGCUGCCAGAGGAGGCUAGUGGGGAAGGUUCAGGUGAUCCAGAACCUCUUGAGCAGCAGAAGCAACAGAGCAUUAGUGAGGAAGGCACGGAGUUAUUCUCCUACAAAGGCAAUGAUGUUGAGUAUUUUAGAUCUUCUAGUUCUCCAUCUGGUUUAUAUCAGUUGGAGCUUAUUUCAACAGAGAAAGAUACACAUUUCAAAGUGUAUGCCACUACAACUCCAGAGUCGGAUCAACCAUAUCCUGAAUUGCCUUAUGAUCCAAGAGUAGAUGUCACCUCCCUAGGACGCACCACAGUCACUUUGGCCUGGAAACCGAGCCCCACCUCCUCUUUGCUGAAACAACCCAUUCAGUACUGUGUGGUCACCAACAAAGAGCACAAUUUUAAAAGUCUCUGUGCAGUGGGAGCCAAGCUGAGUGCAGAUGAUGCUUUUAUGGUGGCGCCAAAACCUGGUCUGCACUUCAGCCCCUUUGACUUUACCCACUUUGGAUUUCCUUCAUAUAAUUUGGGUAAAGAACGUGGCUUCCCAGCAAAGCCUUCUCCAAAACUGGGGCGUCAUGUCUACUCGAGGCCCAAGGUUGACACUCAGAAAAUCUGCAUUGGAAACAAGAACAUCUUCACUGUCUCUGACCUGAAACCUGACACCCAAUACUACUUUGACGUCUUUGUGGUCAACAGCAACAGCAACAUGAGCACCGCUUAUGUCGGUACCUUUGCCAGGACCAAGGAAGAAGCUAAGCAGAAGACAGUUGAGCUUAAAGAUGGGAAAGUUACAGAUGUAUUUGUGAAAAGGAAGGGUGCAAAGUUUCUGCGAUUUGCUCCAGUCUCUUCUCACCAAAAAGUCACCUUUUUUAUUCACUCUUGCCUAGAUGUUGUCCAAAUCCAAGUGAGACGAGAUGGGAAGCUGCUUGUGUCUCACAGUGUGGAAGGCAUUCGGCAGUUUCAACUGAGAGGAAAACCUAAAGCAAAGUAUCUCAUCAGACUAAAGGGAAACAAGAAAGGAGCAUCCAUGUUGAAAAUUCUAGCUACCACAAGGCCAAGUAAGCAGUCGUUCCCUUCUCUUCCGGAAGAUACAAGAAUCAAAGCCUUCGACAAGCUCCGCACCUGUUCUUCGGCCACCGUGGCUUGGCUAGGCACUCAGGAAAGGAACAAGUUUUGCAUCUACAAGAAAGAAGUGGAUGAUAACUACAAUGAAGACCAGAAGAAAAGAGAACAAAACCAAUGCCUAGGACCAGAUACGCGGAAGAAAUCAGAAAAGAUCCUCUGUAAGUAUUUCCACAGUCAAAACCUACAAAAAGCAGUGACCACAGAAACAAUCAAAGGUCUUCAGCCUGGCAAAUCUUACCUGCUGGAUGUUUAUGUCAUAGGACAUGGGGGGCAUUCUGUGAAGUAUCAGAGUAAAGUCGUGAAAACCAGGAAAUUCUGUUAGUUACCUUGGAUAGAGAUAUACGUAGAACUCCAGGAGGGACGCUAAAUCACUUUAAGUAUAAACUGACUACUCCCACAGCUGACAGAAGUUGUGACCUGCAUUUGUACUGUGUAAGGAAAGAUACCAACUUGUGUAUAUUUAUGUUUAUGUAAGUAAUUAUUGGAGGAGACUUGGCCUAAUGUGUCAAAAUGGUACCUAGUAUGCGUCUGAUGCCCCGUUGAUGUCAAAGGUGGAGGGCAUCUCGAAGGAACUGCCACCCCUUGCUUUGCCACUGCAUGAACUGCUUCUAAAUUAUUUUAUUACCUAAAGAUUUAAAAUAUGCCAUUCAUUGCACACAUCCACAAAUGCAAAUCAUUCCUCUCUAUAGAUGCUAGGAUAUAUAUAUAAAUUAUUUUAUAAAGUCUUGUUUUAAAUGUCAGUGUUUCUAUGAUUGUAAACUAUUAAAUUCUUCCUGUUAAAGUACAGAUCUAAUCUAAGUAUUAUUAAGUGGACAGCCCCCUAGUCAGUUAUAUUGCUAUUGUAAAUUCUUAUUUGUUGAGUAAAAUGUUUAAAUACUGUAUGUAUCUCCUGUACAAAGUUGACAUACAUUAUAUUCAUGUACAUAAAAUUAAAGAUAUUAGAUUAUAUCCUG